GCCGAGCCAGUACAGGUCACCUGGCACCUUGGAACGGUCUGCUUGACUUGAAGUUGCAAUGAACAAUCACGACGACAUCCUCAGGUAAAACGAUGGCCGUGCAUUUAUUUGGACUAUGUCGAGGGAGGCUUCCAACUGCAGGGCCAGGUCUGCGUGCUGUCAUUCAUUCCCGACUCGCAUCUACAAUGUCCCAAUACCCAUUCCCGCAUCACCCGCGACCAACUCCGCACCAAAUAUUCCACCUCUCCCACAACGCAUCUCAAGCUGAUAUCAAGUCAAGAUACUAUGAACUUGUCCGAGAACACCAUCCCGAUUCUGCCCAUGCGCAACAUAUCACUGCUUCAGAACGACACUCCCGCUUUCAAUCCAUAACUGCUGCGUAUGAGGUUCUUACUGGGAAAUCUCGCUUACAGCUUGGUUCGGGACUCCGCAGCAGUCCGUCCGAUUCCGAUAUGUAUGAAGAGUUAAGACGGCGCAGACGCGCGCACCAUAGGAGUGCGGGGAUGGACUUUGACCACAAUCACCCAUUUGGCUUCGCGAGUGGAACGCCUGGGAGGGAAUGGACUGCGAGGCCAGAUGAGAGAUGGAAGGACUGGUCAAUAAUAUUUGUGGGCACUGCGUGUUUCAUCAUUGGCAUCGCUCCUAUAUUUUUCAGCCAUAGUUCCGAUAGGCGUCACAGGAGUGCUGUCCAAAACCUUGCCCAAGCUCGCAGUGAAGCUCAGGAGUACGGGAUGGAGCGGCGAAGGGAAAUUAGACGGCGUGUACAGGAAUACCAGUUGGAGCAAGAGGAGCGCGAUGCACGUCGUAGCUGUGAUCAUAAAGCCGAGAGAAAGUGAUCAAGUCACCGCCGUUGCUGUUGCGAGUAUUAAACAUAGACAGAAUCCGACUGUAUCUCUCUUUAUUCUUCAUUAUUAUCCACAUCAAUAAAUGGCAGGCACCGGGCG